GGGCGGGCGAAAACCCGAAUAGAAUCCAGAUCCAUAAACUACAAAACCAAAAUUAAUUCCACACUCCGACUAGGGUUUCAUUUUUUUAUAUUUCCCCAAAUUCAAAUUUAUCAACAUCAUCAAUUAAUCAUCAUCUAAAUUCAAUUUCGUUUUCCACACAAAUUAGUUCUGUAAACUAAUAAUCAUCAUGAGGACACGAAACGCAGACAAUCCUAAAUCACCUCCUCCGGCAAAACGAACUCCACCGGCCCGAAAAUCGGCAUCUAAAACCCCUCCGACACCACCUGACGCUGCCGCACAAACACCGUCCGGUUCCACAGUCACACCUAAGCGCGCUUCAUCCACCCGAGGGAAAGCCGUUGCAACUGCCGUAACAGAAUCACCAGAUAUAAAGGUAGAUGAUGAAACUUUGAAGGUAAAACCUGGAACGAAAUCUGGGAAUAAAAGGACUGUUAAGAAAGUGGUUAAAAGAACUGUUAUCAGGAAAAAAGUGAAACCGACGCCUGCGUCAGUUAAAGUUGAACAAGAAGAAGAAGAUAAUGAUAGUGAAUUGGGUGUGGAAAAAGAGAAGUUAGAGGAGAUGAAAGAUGAGGAUGUUGGCGUGUCGGUAAAAGGACCGAUGGAUGUUGCUGUGAAAGUUGAGGAGGAUAUGAAAGUCCAUGUGGAAGGUGGGAGUGAUGUUCCGACAGAAAUUGAGAAUGAAAGUGUUGGGGGUGAUUUGAAGCAAGAGAGUGGUGAUGUUCAAGAAGUGAAGGUGGGUGAGAAGGAAAAUGUGGAAGGGGUUGAAGAAGAUUUGAGUGUUCAGGAACCGAGUUUGGAGAUGGUGGAAGGGGAUGAGAAAGUAAACAUGGAAACAGAAGAGAUAUCGUUGCCUAUUCAUGAACCGAGUUUGGAGAAAGAGGAAGUAGAUGAGAAAGAAGAUAAGGAAACAAGUGACGAAGAACCUUAUGAAGAUGAGGAACCUGAAGAAGUAUUAAAAGAGGCACCUGAUUUUGAGAAAGUCAUUGAGAAUCAGGAAGUUGCCGUGGAAAUAGAAAAAAAUGUGGAGAAUGAAGAGUUGCCGGCGGAAAAUAAAAUUGUGGGGCUGGAGACUGAGCCGGUUGACAUGGAGAAUGAUAUUGACGACGAUUAUAAGGAAGAUGAAGAUCCACAAGAGCGAUUAUGUUUUAGUGACGAGGAGAAGGAUAAGGACAUCGGCAACGAUGGUCAUGAUGAAUAUGAUGACGAAGAGAUUGCAGAUGACAAAGGGGCAGAACUUGGUGACCUGGGGAUGGAUAUGGAACAAGCAGAAAUUACAGCAGCUGCAGAGGAUCGGAGGAGAAGGAAAGAGUUUGAGGUAUUUGUUGGUGGAUUAGAUCGAGACGCCACAGAGGAAGAUGUAAAGAGAGUUUUUCAGAAUGCUGGGGAGGUUGUUGAAGUUCGAAUGCGUAAGGAACUUCCAAGUAAUAAAAACAAAGGAUAUGCAUUCGUGAGAUUUGCUACAAAGGAACAUGUAGCCCGUGCUUUGGCUGAAAUGAAAAAUCCUGUUAUACGUGGAAAACGGUGUGGAACUGCACCAAGUGAGGACAAUGAUACUUUGUUCCUGGGCAAUAUCUGCAAUACAUGGACAAAGGAAGCUAUAAAGCAAAAAUUAAUGGAUUAUGGCAUUGAAGGUCUUGAAAGGAUCACACUUGUUGCUGAUCCACAACAUGAAGGGUUGAGUCGUGGUUUUGCAUUCAUUGAGUUUUCAGGUCACCCGGAUGCUAUGCUUGCAUUUAAAAGGCUCCAAAAACCUGACGCUAUUUUUGGCCAUCCUGAUAGAACUGCCAAAGUAGCUUUUGCUGAACCUUUGCGGGAGCCGGACCCAGAUGUUUUGGCUCAUGUUAAGUCUGUCUUUGUUGACGGGCUGCCACCUCAUUGGGAUGAAGACAUUGUUAGGGAUCAUUUAAAAAAUUAUGGUAGUAUUGAGCGUGUCAUGCUUGCACGAAACAUGUCAACUGCCAAGAGGAAGGAUUUUGGAUUUAUUGAUUUCACUACUCAUGAAGCUGCUCUUGCUUGCAUCGAUGGAAUAAAUAAAAGAGAACUGGGUGAUGAGAAGAUGAAAGUCAGGGCAAGGCUUUCAAAUCCUCUACCCAAAACUCAAGCUGUGAAAGGUGGAAUAGCGGGUGGAUUCCGAAUUGGUCAAGGCACUGGUGCUACCUUUUCAAGGGCUGGGAGGGGUUUUGGAAGAGGUGCGCUUCCUUCCAAUCGUAUGAACUUUCCUCGAGGCAGGGGUUUAUAUCAAUAUGGACCGGGUCAAACCAGUAGAAUGGGUUUUGCAGAGGAUUACCUGCCUGCUGGUCCUCAUCCUCCUUUCAGAGAGAGACAGAAUCUUGGAGGGAGGUGGGGUAGUUAUAGGGGCUCACAUCAUGCAUCUGGUCAAGGCACUAUGCCACCUAGGUACGAUGUUGAUAGACCCCGACACGGUGGUCGUGAUCAUCUUAUGCCUAUGACAGGUCGACCAAUUUUCCCUGAAGAACAAUUUAGCAGACCUUACGGUGGAAGGCAUUAUGAAGACCCGCACACUUAUGGAGAUACUUCACGUGGAGUCAAACGACCAUAUUUUCCAGACCAGGAUCCUGGCUAUAGUGAGUCUAGCAGAGCCCGCCCUCGCUUGGAUUACCCUGACCCAACAAAUUCAUCUGCUGCAACUCGUAAUCGAGGAGGUGGGUUUGGUGGUCAUUCACGUGACUAUUACAACUAUGAUAAUUCAUCUUACCAUGGAAGUGACCGGCCUUAUGGUGGUGAACGGCCUUAUGGCGUAGACCGGCCGUAUGGCGUAGACCGGCCGUAUGGCGCUGACCGGCCGUAUGGCGCUGACCGGCCGUAUGGCGCUGACCGGCCGUAUGGCGCUGACCGGCCGUAUGGCGCUGACAGGCCUUAUGGCGGUGAUCGACCUUAUGGUGGUGGUCGACCUUAUGGCGGUCGGUACUACUAGACUACAUAGGUCACUUAGAGACAGGAUAUGAUGUGCUGGUCUACAGUGUUUUCAAUCGUUGCAGCCUCUCUGCAGGAAAGCCAUAAAUCUUGUUAACUUCGUUUCUUAGAUUGUCCUUUCGAUUUGUCUCCUCAUGCUUUCCUCCCAGAUCAUAGUCCAGUUUAUUUUGGUUGAACACAUGACACUUUGGGCUAAUCUCUAAUCUUUAGGUUGUCCCUUCCAAUAGGACAUCAUUUGUUAGUAUUUUUUAUGGAAGGAGUUAAGUCUAAGAUGGAAGGUAUGACAUAAGGGCUAAAUUUGGGUCUGGAAGUUAUCUAAAGAUGCAAGGCAUCUUCCUUUAAUGAGUAUUGUCUUGGAUUUCUCAUAUGUUUCAACUUGAAGUUUAAGGAAACACAUUAGAUGCUUACUAUUUUAAGUGGAAGUUGAACCCUAAAGGUAUUUCGACAUAGUGAACCAAAGGAUUUGAAGUGAUGUAGAAUGUAAGUCUUCUAGAAGUCUCUUUUGAUUACUCAUGUGGAGAAAUGUUGUGGAUUUAUAUAUUACUUGUAUGUGGCAUGGAGUUUCUAUCUUCUUGAAGGAAUUCUUACUAAGAUGUGUUUCUAAAGCUUUGAUGGAUUGUGGAUAUAAAAUGUUGUAAGUAAUUUUGAGGGUAACUAAUGUUCUUGGAUGAUGGAUAUGAAAAGACCAUUUGUGGUUUGUAGUUAAAUUACAUAUAUCUAGAGGCAUUUACACAUCUUGAUAUCUAAGUCAUGUAUUUCUUUAAAAACCAACUCUAUGCCAAGAGGUUGAACUGUUGAAGGAAAUACUAUGUUUCUAUCAAGGGUGUUUGGAUCUUUUGUAAAUUGAGGGUAUCAUUUUAUGUCGCAUUCUUGAAGGAUUCUGGCAAAGUUUUGUGGAUUUCAACAUUUUAAUAAACGUCUUAGGAUUUGAUCUUUUCAGUUGUUUUUGGGCAUUAUCUUAAGAAACUAGGUUGAAUAGUCACAUUGAACACAUAUAGUCACGGGCACUCUGAAAGAACAAAGAAGUGCAGUGUUAAGAUUGGAAGGUUGCAUCUAUACAAGUGUCAUUUGUGUUAAGCUUAGCCUUUUAGGAAUAUAUUCUUGUCCAUGUAAUUUGAAGUUUCGGUCAUUGUUGUUAUGCAUCAUUUGGGUCUAUAGCUGAAACUGAUACAUUUAGUUCUAAUAUGUUAUACGUUUAGUUCUUAAUAUAUCGUACAUAUAGGUAGCAUAGGGUCACUAAAUAUACACCCCUCGUAUUAGUCUCAUACAACACAGUAAAUGCGCUUUUGAUAGUUGCAUGGUCCGCAACUCCGCAUGUGGUAAAUUAUAAAUUUCUGUCUCAUGGUAAGUCUCUUAUUAUCUCUCCCUGUAUCCUACUCCUAAGUAUUUUGUGCCUUAUUUUUCUUGUAUAGCCAAAUGAUUAGGAGAAAUAGGUUUAAUGCUCACUUAGAAUGUAGCAAAGUGAAAUGUAGGUGAUCGAAGGGUUAUUUAUAAUUCACGUUGUGCUAUCUCAGGUUAGGUAUUGCUGGUCCAUAGCUUCUUUUUCUUUUAACAUGUAUCCAUUGAGGAAUAGGCAUUGUAAUUAUAUACAUGUAUUAGUUCAAGUAACCCCCUGCCCUAGUUACUAGAUUGUUGGUUAGUGCACUUAUCUGCUAUUCUGAGGUAUUUCUUUGGGUAAAAGUUUCUUCUUUUUGGUAUUGCUUUGCAACCUAGAGACAAAUAUCUGUAGCUGUAUGCUAAUUUUUUUGUUAACACAUUCAUUGAUUCGAUCUCUGGUGCUGUUUGCGGUUUUAUUUGCAAAUUUAUUUGUUAAAACUAUUCUUUGUUUUUCCCUUCCACAUGCAUGUAUUAUAGUAACCCUGAUUGACGACUUAUAAAUCUGUGUUUUAUUUCUCUGAGAUUUGACUUCCAGGUUGUAUUUUGCUAAAUGAAGAUUCAAACUAUUCGAUUUGAGUUUGUGAUAUAAUGGUUCCAUCUUACUAGUUUGUGAGACUUUUUUUAUAUGAUAUAAAGGUUCAAAAGUUACUUUGUACUCGCCUAAAAACUUGAGAACGAAAAUAACCUAUAUGGUAAAAUCGUUGAUCCUUGGCCAAGUUCAUUACCAUUUUCUGAACGUUGUAAGCUUUUAAUGAGUUGAUUAAGAUUGUAUUGGGGAUACAUUUUUUGUAUGAAGUUCUUAUCAAAGUUUUGAAAUUGAUUAUGGGCGUCCUGACUCAAAUUUCAUUUUAUACUUUUUGAGAUCAACCGUGUAUCGAAUAACUAUGUUUAUCACUGAAAUAUGUAAUAAAACAAAUAACAUAUUUUCCAACGAAUGAAAGAAAUCAUGGCCCCCAAUUUUGAAAAGUUAUGUACUUUCAUGUUUUAACAAACACCGUGGAUAUUAAAUAAACAUCGGAAGGUUACAAUUUCAGGAAAAAUCUAUGACCAGACCAAGGACCUGAUAGCCAUGGCCAAACAUCUACAUAUAGAUACUUUUUUCCACAAAAGAAACAAAAGAUCACUGCUAAACAUGAUUCGACAGCACUCCCGGAAGUCUGAAACCAAGCACUCGUUUCCAGACUUCAGCAAUAGAAACAAGGAUGAACUUGGCAUUGAGUGAAAAGGAUUUUAUAUAUCAACGAUGAAAAACAGUUCACUUGCCAGGAAGAUCCACAAAUGGCUGCCUGUUUGUGUUAGAUAUGAUGUAAUAAGGUGGCUAAACAAAGAAGUUGCAAUAUGAAGGUCAUAAGUAGCAAAAUGGAGCUAAUUGGAUGAAGAAACAAGUCAAGAAAGGUCAAAGCAAAAAUUUGUAAAAUUGCCAUUUCUGGGGCACAGUGCAGGAGGCCUAAAGUGACAGGGUGGGACGGCGCUAUAUGCACAAAAAUUUCGAAUUUUUGGGAUUUUAUUAAUUUUCAGUUUAUAUUACUUUCAAACACGACUUGGGAAGUUACAACUCAUACUUUCACACACCUGGAGCAGUUCCAAAGUCUCUCAACACCCAAAAAUCAUCACCAUAUCACAAUUCCAUGAAGAUCAUAGCCUUAAUUGAAGAAUCAUUGAUGAAGAUAAUAGACUAGGUUUUAUUUUGAUCAUUAUCAUGUGAACAAUUAUGUAAGACUUUUAUGUUCAAUCUUUCUCAUACUCAUGUUGGAUUAGAUGUUUAAUUCCUAA